GCUAGGGUUAGGAAGGAUUCUGGGAAGCUGCGGCAGAGGAGACCUGACGCAGACAGCCUUUAUUGCUUUGUCCCCCCAAUUACCUUUUCUGCCGUCUAGGCUUUAGGGGGGCCUGGGACUGGGGGCGGGUUCCCGAGCCUGGGCGGGGGUGGGAUGGGCUGGGGGCUGGGAGGGAGAAAGGCUGCGAAGCGCAAGCUGAGUGUAUGAGUGCGUGUGUGGAGCAGCUUAGGGAACGAGGUGCUAAGACACCACCCCCCAGGGCCGCUUUAGGGAGAGAGGGAACUGCCCUAGAGCUAUGAGCCGGGCGACUGGCCGUGGAGCCUUGCCCAGGCUGCGCAGGGGCGAGCCAGCGGCUAAGAUGCCGGGUCGCUGCGUUGGGCCCAGCAGGUCGGGGCGGGGAGUUCGGCGGCCGUGGGGGAAGAGACGGGGCGCGGGGACCUCCCGAGGCCGUGGAACAAGGCGCCGGGCGAGGUCCUCGGAGUGGGAGACGCGCUGUGUGAGUGCAGGAAGGCCGCAGGGCAGUCGGCGGCCGUGGGGGAUGAGACAAGCUGCGGAGACCAACGAUGCCGCCGGGGCGAAUGAGGUUUCGGGAACUCCUGGGACCGCAGGCUCCAUCGAGGCUGCAAGGGACCCUGGGGCUGUGUGGGUGAACGGAGCUGUGGGAGAGCCCGAGGUGGUGGGGCCUGCCGGGGCUGUGUGGGUGACCGGGUCUGGGGAGGAGGAGACCGAAGAUAGGAGUCCCCGGGUCUGCGAAAGAAAAGGUCGCCCGGGAUCUCUGGGCCAUGAGAGCAUUCUUCACCUGUGGCUGAAGGUGCAGGCUAUGAGAGCCGCCUCGGGAUGUGGGGAAGGAAGUAGAGUCGAGCUCCAUCCCUUGCCUGCAGGAGAGGGACCCGUCGAAAGUGGUGUUCCUGGCCGAGCUUCCUGGGUAGAGACAAGCCAUGGCGGUCUUACAGGGCCCUGGGUGAAGGGACAGGCAAGGGGGUUCCCUCGGGCCCCCUCAGGGCCUACAGCUCUGGGCUUAGGGGCAGCUUACAAAAGAGCCUUAGGCUUCUGUGGACAGGGACAGGCGGGAAGGGUGCCUCCUCCUGCGGGCGUGCCUGUGGCUCUGGAGUCAAGGUCUGAGACGGCCCUACAUCUGUGGAGGGGACAGGCUGUGGGGGUUCCCGCGGCUGGGAAGGAGAUAGGAUAUGGGAUUGCCCCAGGCCCUUGUGUAAAAGGACAGGCUGUGGGCGAGCCUGGGGCCGUGGGGUGGCCUGGUGCUGUGGGAGCACCCAGAGCUGUGGAGGAAGAGCUCGGCUGCGGGGGUGCUACAGGGCAAUGGGGGAGAGGACAGUCUCCGCAGAUUCCUGUGGCUCUGGCACAUGAAACAGUCUGUGGGGCCAGCCCUGGUGUAUGGGGGAGGGGACAGGCUGUGGGGGUGCUCGACCCAGUGGUGGAGGAGCCUACCUCUGUGGUGGCCGCAGGUGUAUGGCACAGGAGACAGGCUGUGGAGGAGACAGGUUCUGUGGUUAUCCCUGGCCUGUGGGGCACAGGACACUCUGUCGGGGUGCCUUGUGCUACUGAAGAGGAAACUAGAUAUGGAGGUGACCCAGGGUUCAGGGAAAGGGGACAGCCUAUGUGGGUGGAGACAGGCUCUGGGGGUGACCCAGGGUCACGGGGAGCUGCACAGACUGCAGAGCCAUCAUGUCUUGGGGAGCAGGCGGCAGGCCUGUGGGGGAUAGAACAGCCUACAGGAAUACCCAGGGCCUUGGGGAAGGACAUGGGUUGUGUGAGUGUCCCAGGGCAGUGGGGAGUAGGACAGCCGGUUGGGGUGCCCCAGGCUGUGGUGGUACCGGGAGCCCUGGGAGAAGAGCUGAGCCACAACAGGGCCAUGGGCCUGUGGGAUGGACAGCAAGCUCUUGGGGGGCCCCCAGCUGAGGCAGUGCCUGGGCUUGAAGAGGAGACCGAUGGUAGGAAUGUCCCGAGCCUGUGGGAAAGGAGGCAGGCUGUAGAGGAGCCAGGGAGUCUGGGGCCUUCAGCUUUAGGGAUCCCUGGGUCUGUGGAUCAAGAGGCUGACUGUGGCGAAGUCUCAUGCCUGUGUGGGAGGGGGCAGGCUGUGGGGGUAUCUGAGACAAUGGGCAUACCCAGGGCAGCAGGUGGGAUCCAGCACAGGUGUGCGGCAGCAGGGGUCCCAACGGUGAUGAGUGCUCCAGGCUGUGGAAAGGUGCCUGCCAGAGUGCCAGCUGCUGUGUGGGUGUCUGGCCCUGUGUGUCAAGAAGGCAGCUCUAGAGACAUUUUGAACCUGUGGGAAAGGGCUCAGGCUGCCAGGUUAUCUGUGGCUUCAGGGGGAUUCAUGGCUCGGGAGGAGCUGUGGUCUGGCGGGGAAGAUAGUGGUUCUGGGGCUUUCCCAGACCCAUGGGAAAGGAGACAGAUUAUUGGGGUUCCUGUGGUGCCUGAGGGGCCUGGGCUUGGGGAAGAGGCUGACUCUGGGGGUAUCCCAAGACCUUGGGGACGGAGACAGAGGGUCAGGGCUCCUGUGGCCACUGACAUGCUCCUGGCUCCUGGGAUGCCUGGUUCUCUGGAGCUGGAGCCUGGCUCUGGAGGCUUCUCAGGCUUUUCGGGGAGGCAGCAAACUGCAGGAAUGCCUGGGACUCUGGGGCUGUCUGCAGCUAGUGGGGUGCCUAGGCCUAUGCAGGAGGAAACUGGCUCAGAAUUGUGGGGAGAAAGAGAGAGAGUAGGUGGGCCUGCAGAUACCAAGGGUCCCACAAGGAUGGGGGUGCCCAACUCUACCAGGAUGCCUGGGCCCACGGGGGAGAAGACUGGCUCUGGGGGUGUCUCAGGCUUGUUGGGAAGCAGACAUACUACAGGAGUGUCCAUGGCUGUGGGGGUGCUGGGGUCUGUGAGAGAGGGGACAUUCUCUGAGCAUGUCUCUGGCCUGUCUGGAAGCAGGCAGACUCCUGGGAGGCCUGUGGCUGCUAGAGGUUCCAUGGCUGUGGGAGUGCCCACAGCUUCCGAGCUCCCUGUGCCAAUGGUGGGGGAUACCAGCUCUGGGGAUGAUGGCUCAGGCAUAUGGGAAAGGAGACUGGCCACUGAGGGGCCUGCUGCUGCCAGGGUUCCUGGACCUGUGGAGGGGGAGACAGGCUCUGAAAGUAUCUCAGGCCUAUGGAGAAGGAGACAUGGUGGAGCCAUUCCCGAGGCUGGGAGGGUGCCUCUGCCUCUGGGGGUGCUCGCAGCUGUAGGAGCUCCCAUGGCAGGGCGUGCGCCUGCUGUAGUGUGGGUGACUGGGUCCUCAGGAGCAGAAGCAGAUGGGGGUGUCUCAGGUCUGACUAUGUGGAGACAGUCCACAGUGGGGGCUUCAGAGGAUGAGACAGGAGGUGGGAGCAUUUUGAGACUGGCUGGGAGCAGCCAGGCUGUGGGGGCAUCUCACACCUGUGUCCCCGAGGCCAGGUUAUGGAGCUGUCCAAGGUCUACAGGGGAAGAAAUGGCCUAUGAGAAUGCCCUAGGCAUGUCAGGGACAAGAACAGCUGUGGGGAUAUCCCCAAAUUCAAGAGAGGACGCAGGCCUUGGCCAUUUCAGAGACCUCCCACAGCCAAGUGGGAGGAGGCUGGCUAGAGGAGUGUCUGCAGUUAGAAUGAGAGGGAGCAAUUUGGGAGAGAGUUAUGAGGAGGAGGCCAGUUUGAGGGGGGUGUUCCAGUAG